CUUCGUCCAAGCCCGAAACCAUUCUAUCUAUGAUCGAUCCAUCCCCCACACAUCCUUUCCUCCGUUCUACGUCGAUAUGAGAGAUGACAGAGUAACAAUCCUUACUCUGAAAUGGCGGGAGAAAGGAAGGUUUCAUCAACCCCUAAAUCGACCGCCGAGACGUGUUACUCCAACCCGUUCUAGUUCACUCCCUAGCUCUGUAAUAGUAAAGAAACACUGAAAUUUUUCAGGGCAUUGGUGGUUUCAACCUUUCGGCUGUUGCAGAAGAUAACCCUUCGUGGAAAAGGUGAUUCCCCAUCUAUGUACUACUUUUUGAUACCUCCAAUUUAUGCACUACCUGCAGAAUCGAGAAGCUAGAUAUGUCGAUGGUUCAUGGUAUCACCGGUUGGUUAGGGGUUAAUUGUUUGGAUAUUUGUGUAGAAUAUAUAUGUUGGCAGUGGAAGGAUGAAGCGGGUGUGUGAACCGAGUGCCGAUAAAAUUACCAACCUUUCUGCUGACGUGGUACAUCGGAUUUUGCUGUUGCUACCCAUCAAAGAUGCUGUUAAAACUAGCAUAUUGUCAACAAAGUGGAGGCGUUAUUGGAGAAGUUUUCCCGAACUUGUGUUUGAUCGUAGCUUUGCCACUGAAUCGGGUGGAUCUAAAUCAGCUGGCAUGACGAACAAGUUAUUGUUCAACAUUAUUCUAAGCUAUCCUGCUCCAUUAUGGCCCAAUAACAAAGUUUGUGCUUUCGUUUCCUGGAUUAAGGUCCUGCAAUGGGAAUGAGAUUGAUGAAAUCGUUCUCUUAUCUUUCUCAAAGAGAUCUCCAGGAGUUCAUGCCUGUAUUUGCUGCUCGUGAUAGUCAGAAUCAACUGAACCUGCUGAGUCUUAGGCAUUGCGAAUAGACAACCAUUGUGGUUUGUGGGUUUUAAUAAGCUUACAGCUCUUUAAUUGACAAAUGUGCUGCUGCCCUCUGAUUUCUGUGAGAAUUUUCAGACAAUAUAGGUAUGAGCAGUUGAUAUUUUUUGUCUUCCAUUUUCCCCUAACUCUGCUGACUCAUAUCUGUCCGGUUUCUGGUUUAGCCCAAAGGACUAGGAAGAUGAUUUUGCUCAUGAAAGUACUUAGCUACUUUAUGGACGCACACCACUUUGGAGCUUUGAAGCCAAAGAAUGUGCGUUGUUUUUGCACAAGACGUUUGCUCCAACAAGCUGCCGACUCCUUUGACUAUGGCAAAAUUUGGCAACGUUGCAUCGUGCGAGGAGCUAGAAAGCAUGGCCUUGUUGCUCACUCUCAUAUGAUAACAAGUGGGUUUGUCUCAAAUCCCCAUUCAAACAGCAAAUUAAUCACCUUCUACGCAAAGGUUGGUGAUGCCAGGGCUGGUCGGAAAGUGUUUGAUAGAAUGACUGUAAGGAAUGUUGUGUGCUGGACGGCUCAGAUUUCAGGUUAUGGACAAAAUGAGUGUUAUGAAGAUGCUCUGCUGCUGUUUUCAGAAAUGCAUAGAGUGGGGGUCAAGGCCAAUCAGUUUACUUAUGGUAGUGUGCUAAGGGCGUCUUCUCGUUUGCAAUGUUUCAAGAGAGGGCUGCAAAUACAGAGUUGUGUACAGAAGAGUAGGUUUUUCAGCAAUUUGUUUGUGCAAAGUGCAUUGAUUGAUUUGCAUUCUAAAUGCGGAAGUAUGGAAGAUGCUUGUUAUUUGUUUGAGACAAUGCUUGACACAGAUGUGGUUUCUUGGAAUGCAAUGAUUGGUGGGUAUGCUGUUCAGGGUCUUGGUGAUGAUUAUUUUCGACUGUUUCAUGCCAUGAUGACAAAAGGUUUGCUACCUGAUUGCUUCACUUUAGGAAGUCUUUUGAAGGUGUCUGGAAGAACUAGUGAUUUCCUCAAAGUCAGUAAGCUACAUGGAUUCGUUGAGAAACUAGGUUUUGAAGGGAACCUUGAUUUGCUUCGAUCAAUUAUCGAUGCCUAUGCAAGAUGUGGGGGCCUAGAGAGUGCUAAUUGCUUGUACAAGACUAUGGAAGUGAAAGAUAUAACAUCUUGCACAGCGUUGAUGAAUGGAUUCGCUCGAAACAACUAUAGAACAGAUGCUAUGAAUCUCUUCAAUGAGAUGCGUAGGAUGCAGCACAUGAAAAUUGAUGACGUCAUGCUAUGCUCUGUGCUCAAUAUUUGUGCUAAUGCAGCAUCAUUAACCAUAGGGAGACAGCUUCAUGCCUUUGCUGUUAAAAAUAAACCCAGUUAUGAUGUGGCGGUAGGAAAUUCUCUCAUUGAUAUGUAUGCAAAGUCGGGAGAAAUUGAAGAUGCUGACCGUGCUUUUGGUGAGAUGAGGGAGAAAAAUGUCAUAUCAUGGACAUCGCUGAUUAGUGGGUAUGGAAAACAUGGAUAUGGAAGCAAGGCAAUUUCAUUGUGUAAGGAGAUGGAAGAUGAAGGUUUAGUGCCGAACGACAUUACUUUUUUGUCUGGUCUCUUUGCUUGCAGUCAUUCUGGAUUAAAUAAGGAAGCAUUAGAAUUCUUCAAUAGCAUGAUCAACAGGCACAAUAUCCUUCCGCGAGCUGAGCACUACUCUUGUGUGGUUGAUCUCUUUGCCCGUGUAGGGCAGUUAGAAGAAGCGUACAGUAUAAUUUGUAGGAACAAUAUUACACCGAAUUCCUCAUUGUGGGGUGCUAUUCUUGGGGGAUGCUUUUCAUAUGGUAACGUCGUCCUUGCUGAGACUGUAGCUAUGCAUCUCAUUAAUCUGAAUCCAGAUAUUUCAGUCAAUUAUACAGUCUUGGGGAAUAUAUAUGCUACAGCUGGCCUAUGGCAUAAGAAUUGCAAGAUCAGAAACUUGAUGAGCCAGAGAAAUUUGAAGAAGACUCCAGGUUACAGCAGUGUAGAUUCUCCAAGGAGCAUUUACCUUACAUAACUAACUUGAGGUUGAGGAGGCAAACCAGGAUGCUGCAGUCAAAAUCUGUUUGUGACUCUUGUGAAAACAGUAAGUAAGCCAGUGAGAUACAAGUAUACUUGAUCGUGUGAUAUACUCUAAAUCUAGUCUAAUGAUUACUUCUUUCAUAUGUGUAUAUGUUAUUGAGGUCUCUUGCAUGUAUUGCUCUUUCAUUUGUCUUCUUUGUUUGAAGGUUCUUGUAUGUAGAAUGGGCAACUUCAUGGAGACAAAGACAAGAUUUCAGAAAUGUGUUCCGGAAUGAGGGAAUCUUUGUGGUGGUUAAUAUCUUGCUUGAUUUCCCAAGUUAGUUCUUAUGUUAUUUUAAGAACUAUAGGGAUCUGGUUUACAUGGUUACAUUAGAGAAGUGAAAGCAAAUUGUUUUCUAACAGCUAAUCUAUAUGCAUAAAUUGUAACUGGGGAGUAGGACAGCCCUGUGGGUUAUGUUUGUAUUCUGGCGCUCUGGAAAUCUCAGAAUCUAGUUGAUUUUGAGCUGACUCAGUGGCAGGUUGAAGCAUCGGAGGUUAGUUGUUGGCAUCAGGCGGAGGAGCUCCUUGAGCUCCAGGGUGACGUUAGGGCAACUAAGCCACGUGUGGAGGAUGCAGCGGGUCUGGGAUGGGGUGAUGAGUGGCGUGCUUUGGUGGUUCGUGUGGAUGGUGUGGUCUAGAAAGGGUCUCAUUAAGGAGCUCUCACAUGCCCUCAAUCAACUAUAUACCCAAAGCAGGCGUCGACAAUGGCCCCCCAAGAUGGGAUCGGCACCAGGACCAAUUUCUUUUUUUGGCCAAGCGCCCUGUGGUUGUUUGGCCAUCAGGUCUGGUCGUCAGGUACACAUGGGUUAUGCAGUAUGUGAAGUGGAAGCUAUUCAACCGGAUUUCAGCUCUGCUUUAGAGGUUCUCGCCACUCAAGCAAUCUAAUUUCUAGAAGUAAUUAUUUACUUCUAAAUCAGAUGUUUGAUCGAAACUUAUUUGCUUUUGAUUUGUCCGCUUUAAUAAGCUGUUUGCAGUUAAAUGUAACGGCCCUCAGAUGCUAGAAGGGUGUUUACAGUAGGUGAAACAAUGACCUGUGCCUGCAUCUCUAGAAGUGAGUAAAGAGGAAGAACAUGACAUUUUCUAUACCAGAAGUCCAGAAGUAAGUUCUUUUAUCCUGUUUAACUAGUAAGAUUUAUCAAUCAAAAUCAAUGUGUCUAAAGAUAUGCUUUCACUUUAUCUGAACAGAUGAAUCCUUGAAGAAUUUAUUAUAUACAUUAGGCCGGUGCUCAGCAUAUUCUAUGAUUCUAUUUAGAUUUAAAUGUUGUCUUUUAGUGGAAUUGGACGUAGACAAAGUGGAUUGAAUUUGAGCGAGGUGAUAUUUGGAAGGAACUAACCAAGUUAGAUAGAUUUUAAAGUCCAAGGAAAGAACUUGAGAUGUGCUUGAACGUGAAAGUUCUGUUGAUUUGGUCUCUGUGUUUUGUUGUUUUUACUACACGACAGUAUGGCAAUUAAAUAGAACAGGAUCUGUAAGCUUGGUUAGGAUUGAUAUCUUACAACAAUAGUAUGUUCAGAGUAUCAAUCCCCCAAGUUUGGUUGGUAUGUUGUGAUGUCACUAGUGUGUAGGAAUUAUUGUUUUAUGUUCUUAUACCAUAGAGAAUGUUUUAUGUUCUUAUGCCUUAUCUCUGUCUCACAGAAAGGGACUCAUGGCGCAAUGGGGAAUGAUGUUGCAGGAUGCCAUGGGUGCGCGACGGUUGCUGCGAGGAAACGUCGUGGUAUCGGGGAGGGUAUGAAUGAUCCGUACAUGAUCGACAUAUUGGCAUUGCGAGAUUCAAUUGCUCGGUGGGGUCAUGAAUUGGUGCAGAUAUUCGGCGACCCUCAACCCGUCAUUGAGAAGGCGAGAUUUGGGAUGCUCAAGCUGGUGCAGUCUUGACAGCAAUUCGGCAUAUGUUACCCAAUAUGCACUUGGUUUGAACUUUGUACGUAGUGAUUUUUCGGCAAAGUGAGCUACUUGGAUGAGUUCGAUUUCAUUAAACAAGUUAUAGGUGGACAGCUCCUUGUUCCUAGUGAUAAAGAAAAAGGCUAGAACUGAAUUGAGACAUGAUGACUAAUGAGGUAUUCCCACGCUGAAUUUUUACCCGUCGACAGUGAGAAAAUGCAGCAGAAAGACGCGAUCUCAGAUAGGCAGAUGCUUGUAUAUAAAGGUAUCCAACGAAC